UGUCGUCAUUUCAGUUUCCGGUAGAUCAUCGAAGCUUUCCUAGAAGAAAGAAAAUGGAAUCCUGAAAUCGCAGUUAGCGAAACACUUCAGCGAUAUUCCGACCUUUUAAGAAGAACAUCUUGGUUAUACGAAUACAUUUCUACCAACAUCAUUAUACAGCAGCUGGAUCUUGCUUGGGAUUGGAGAAGAGCCCUUGACCCUCCCUCCCCUUAGUAUCAAUGGAGGGGUCUGACGGUUUAGGUCAAAGUGGCAGUGACCUGCCAGAGUCGCAGAACAGAAGGCAGCAGGAUCGCCUGAGCAGGGAGGAGGCCUUCUAUCAGUUUGUCAACAAUCUGAGUGAUGAGGACUAUCGACUCAUGAGAGACAACAAUCUGUUGGGCACCCCAGGAGAGGCAACAGCAGAUGAGCUAUUAAGUAGGCUUCAGCAAAUCAAAGAUGGCCCUGAACAGCAGAACAACAGCUCCAACACAGAAAGUGGAGAAGAGCCAACUGAACCACUGGAAGGUUCUGAAGAUCCUGCCAGUGGGGAUAGUCUCUUGGACUGGCUGAAUACAGUGAGACGCACUGGCAACACAACAAGAACUGGGCAUCGUGGGAACCAGUCAUGGCGAGCCAUAAGCCAGACCAACCCAAACAGUGGUGAUUUCCGCUUCAGUUUGGAGAUAAGUGUGAACCGCAACCUGGCUGAACAACAGGCAGCUGCUGAAGGGGAGCAGGAGUCUCCUGAGAUAUCUCAAGAAGAGUCUCCCGAGGGCACUCAGGAGGUUACUCAAGAGGGCACUCAAGAGGGCACUCAAGAGGAAUCACCAGAGGUGUCUCUAGAGGAGUCAUCUGAGGUCCAAGAAGUGGUAGCAAAUGCAGAACCCCAGGUCCCCAUGGAGACAGAAGUGAUGGAAGAACCAGUUGUUGAGGAGUUGGCUGUUGUUGUCGAACCAGACCCCGAACUGGAUGAGAUUGUUUCUGAGGAGGUUUUAGGCGAACCUCCUGGCUCACCUGCUUCAGUUUCCUUGCCAUUACGACAGCCAUUUUCUCCUUCUCCACGCAGAGGGCUAAGAAGACCCCGCAGUCGCAGUCCAGAGCCGCGCAGGACUAGGGCCCGUACAGCCAGGAGCCGAUCCCCUCUUAACUUUGAUCAGAUGGAUGUCCUCCCUAACCCCCGCAGUGCUCAUACCUCUGACAGCCUUGAUUCUUCCUCCAAUAACUCCCCUGUCCCUCAAGUGGAGGGCAGUUCUCGGACUCGACAACAUGUUCUUUCCAGGCAAAGCGCUGUAGACAGUGAUGUUCAACCACCUAGAGUUGAUCCAGAAACAGACUCAGAGACACAUAAUGUCACAUCUCAGGAAGGGGAGGCUGCUGGGGGGGAAGGAGGUGCAGCUGGGCGCCGCCCCCCUACUAUUAUGCUUGAUCUGCAGGUGCGUCGUGUGCGCCCAGGCGAGUACCGUCAGAGAGACAGCAUUGCCAGCCGUACCCGCUCACGCUCCCAGAACUCUAACAACACAUUUCUUUACGAGAGUGAGCGUGGUGGAUUUCGAAGGACAUUCUCACGUUCAGAGCGGGCUGGUGUGCGGACCUAUGUCAGCACAAUACGCAUCCCUAUUCGAAGAAUUUCCGAUGCAGGUUUAGGAGAAGCAACAUCAAUGGCUCUGCAAUCUAUGAUUCGGCAGAUUAUGACUGGUUUUGGUGAACUCGGCUACCUCAUGGAUUCAGACUCUGAUUCUUUAGAUUCCAACCGAGGUGUCAACUCUUCUGCAGAUCUGGCUGAAGCGCUCAGUAACCCAGAUGCUGCUUCUGCUGCUGCUCCUGCUGCUGAUGUUGAUGAACCUCCUGUGGCGGCCGGAGUCAGAGCAAGGACAGCUGAGACAGACGUGGAUGAAAGCUUUGUCACUGGUCCACCUGCCUCUGGUGGAAGGGCUCGACCUAGACCACCUAUUAGCUUAGAGGAGCCCAGUUCAUUGCCCUUCUUGCGCCUUGCCCACUUCUUCCUCUUAAAUGAUGAUGACGACGACCAGCCCCAAGGGCUGACCAAAGAGCAGAUUGACAACCUCUCCAUGCGCAACUUUGGAGAGAGUGAUGCCUUGAAAACUUGCAGUGUCUGCAUAACAGAGUACGCAGAAGGUAACAAGCUACGUAAGCUUCCCUGCUCUCACGAGUACCAUGUGCACUGCAUUGAUCGUUGGCUGUCAGAAAACUCCACUUGCCCAAUCUGCCGCAGGGCUGUCCUGGUAUCAGCCAACCGAGAGAGUGUGGUCUAGCUCAUAAGACUGCAGGCCUUUUGACAUAACCGAAGUAAUCUAGCUUUCCAAGCCUUUAGGGGGUUUUGAGAAAAAAUAAGAAUUUCCACUGUUCACUCUUCAUACCAUUUGUGAGUUUGAUUGUGAUGAAGUCACAGGUUUGAUUUUUGGGGUGCUCCACACAGUUUCAUAAGGACGUUAUCAAUCUCUAAUAAGACAUGUAUUAUUGCAGUCCAAAGUAAGGCAUGCUGUUUGAACCAGUCUGUAGUGACCAAGCAGUUUGUUGUAUUGCAGUAAACUGCUCUGAUAGACCUGUAUUUAAGUAAUUAAAAAUCCCCCAGUUUAGAGAUGCACACCUUCAGGAAGUUCUGGCACAAUAGGUAUUUGCUCCCUAAAUGGCACCUUAUAUAAAAGAAGUUGGGUAUUGGUACAGUUCUUAAUUACACCAGUUUAAAGUAUUAGCUGUAAAUAAGCUUGUCAUUUUUUUAUAUAUACUUAUCAGUGAAUUGGUUUUGGAUUGUAAAUUAAGUACUAUGAAGAUGAGGAUGGUGACGGAACUGCUCUCUAUCAAAACAUCCCUCAAUCUGGUUAGGUAAGUUUUACACAGUGGCAAAAAUCAACUAUUUCUGUGUCCAGUAUAUGCAGAACGUUAAUUGACCUGGCAUUUAUAUUGUUACUUAAAAGAAACGGCUGUUUUGGUGUGUCACAUACAUGAGCGUGUUUUUUUUUUUCUUAGAUAAUGAACAUGUGUAAAGAAAAAUCCCACUGGGGUACUUAUGGCAAAUGCAAAUUUAUUUUGUAUUCUUAUAACAGCUCUUUUUCUUGAUAAAUUAAAAUGAUUUAGUGUUAAUACUGGGAAUUAGGGAUUUUUCUGUAGUAGUUGACGACAUUGGGAUGAUAAUGGGUUCUUGGCAUGAGAAUUUACCCUCCAGAAAAUACUGUUUUACUGGCAUGAAAUCAUACAUUUGUUUUUUUUUUACUUUCCCCUUUUGUAAAAGAAGAUUUACCUCCUGUGUAUUCUCUGUAAGCUCAAAAUCAAUUUGCCUUUUUAAUCGAUUAGCUUCUGUUUCUUUGUUUUUUUAGGGACAUAUGAAUUCUCUUCUAUAACAGACUUGUGAAUUAAGGUCUCUAAGCUGGCAAUGCUUAAAUUAUAAUGGCCUAUAGUGAUCUAAACAAAAUGUGGACUUGCUUCUCGUGAUUUCUCUUCUUUUCCUCAAAAUGAAAAGUGACUGAGGUUAUCAAUCCAGAAUUCCAAGUGUCAGACAACUCACCAAAAUUCACUUCAUCCUCCUGUAAAGACGGCUUCAGUAAGAUGUUAAGAUGCUCGCCACUAGUACCCUCUUCCUGCCCCAUGAGCAGAUGCUCCAUGUCAGUGUGCAAUACAUGCUAAGUCAAAGUAGGGAAAUAACCAUGAUAUAAAUGUAUGCUAUUGUUCGAACUCUUGUUAAAGACUAAAAUCUUAAAUGAAGACUUAUUACCUUUUUAAAAUGUGUUUAAGUUUAUUUUAUUUAGAAGUUCUGUAGGUUUUAAUAGCACUGUUGGUGAACAGGAACACUGGCUUUAAGAAGGAAAGGGCAUCACUACCAGUGCCAUCCUGUCAUGUUUCUGCUAUCACUGUUUGAUGUCUUUGCCACAAUUAUUACCUCCCUUUGUGGGACAUAAAAGUUUGAAUGCAAGACGUUGUCAUUGUUUAAUACCAUAAUAUGUACUGUAAAUAAAAUGUAUGUUCCCUUUAAGGCCAUAGUUCAGUUUUGGCCUUUUUUCUGUGACCCACCCAGUACAGUAUGUUAACUGGGUGUUCAAUAAAACUAACCGCUGAAUUAAACAAGUUAUGCUUAAAAAUGCAUUGCAGGUAUGUAUGCUGUACAGUCAUUUUGCUAUUAUGCAUGUGCACACAUGUUUACUUCAACCUUAUAUCAGAUGGCAUCAGUAUAAAUCCAAUGUUUUCUUUAUUUUACCAUUCAUUAAUUUUUCCCUGUUCUUUUGACCUACAUUAGCUCUUUUAUCAAAAAGUCUUAGAGUCCAAUGUAUUGAUGACCAUAAUGAUGAUGAGAAGUGCAGGCUUGACUGUUUCCUUGCAAUGAGCAAUGUUGACAUUAAUGAUUAUAUAUGUGUGUGUCUGUGUGUACAGGCUGUUAAAAGAUCCAUCAUUGUGAUUAAUGUCA